AUUUUUCAAAUAUCUACGUAAUGUCUCAAUAGAAGGCGAUUUAAAUAAACCCAACAUUGAAUUCACAGCUGAUGGUGAUCUAAAAUCGGCAGAAUUGAAAAUUAUGAAUUUAAGACCAAGUGCAAAUAAUAAAAAUUUAGUAUGGGAAGAGAUCGGCGUCUGGAAAUCAUGGGAAGCCCAGAAACUAGAUAUACGUGAUAUCGCCUGGCCGGGUAAUUCACAUGCUCCACCACAGGGUGUACCCGAAAAAUUCCAUUUAAAAAUCACAUUUCUUGAAGAAGCACCCUAUAUCAAUUUAUCACCCGCCGACCCCGUUAGCGGUAAAUGUCUAAUGGAUCGUGGCGUCCUAUGUCGCGUAGCGGCUGAUCAUGAAAUGGCCGAUAUUGAUGUCGGCCAAGCACAUCGUAACGAGUCAUUCUAUCAGUGCUGCAGCGGGUUCUGCAUCGAUCUGUUGGAGAAAUUUGCCGAAGAAUUGGGUUUUACAUACGAACUUGUACGGGUUGAAGAUGGUAAAUGGGGUACUCUCGAGAAUGGUAAAUGGAAUGGUGUCAUUGCUGAUUUGGUUAAUCGCAAAACCGAUAUGGUCCUAACAUCACUCAUGAUCAAUACGGAACGUGAGGCGGUGGUAGACUUCAGUGAGCCCUUUAUGGAGACGGGAAUUGCUAUAGUGGUGGCGAAACGUACGGGUAUUAUAUCGCCAACAGCUUUUUUAGAACCUUUUGAUACGGCCUCAUGGAUGCUGGUGGGCAUUGUCGCGAUACAAGCGGCCACAUUCAUGAUCUUCCUCUUCGAAUGGCUCUCACCAAGUGGCUAUGAUAUGAAAUUGUAUUUGCAAAAUACCAACGUUACACCCUAUAGAUUUUCGCUGUUCCGAACGUAUUGGUUGGUGUGGGCGGUGCUGUUCCAGGCUGCCGUACACGUGGAUUCACCGCGUGGUUUUACCUCAAGAUUUAUGACAAAUGUAUGGGCUCUGUUUGCGGUGGUAUUUUUGGCCAUCUAUACUGCCAACUUGGCUGCCUUCAUGAUAACGAGAGAGGAGUUCCAUGAAUUCACUGGCCUAAACGACAGCCGUUUGGUUCAUCCAUAUUCACACAAGCCAUCCUUUAAAUAUGGCACAAUACCAUACAGCCACACAGAUUCCACCAUCAAUAAAUACUACAAGGAAAUGCACUACUACAUGAGACAAUACAACAAAUCCAGCGUAGCCGAUGGCGUGGCUGCUGUAUUGAAUGGCAAUCUGGAUGCUUUCAUCUAUGAUGGCACAGUCCUGGACUAUUUGGUGGCUCAGGAUGAGGAUUGUCGCCUAAUGACUGUGGGCAGCUGGUAUGCCAUGACAGGCUAUGGUCUGGCCUUCAGUCGCAACUCAAAAUACGUCCAAAUGUUCAAUAAACGUUUAUUGGAAUUUCGAGCGAACGGUGAUCUGGAACGUUUGCGACGCUAUUGGAUGACGGGGACAUGUCGACCGGGUAAACAAGAGCAUAAAUCAUCUGAUCCCUUGGCCUUGGAACAAUUCUUGUCAGCAUUUUUGUUAUUGAUGGCGGGUAUUUUAUUGGCAGCUUUAUUGCUGCUGCUCGAACAUGUCUACUUUAAGUAUAUACGAAAGAGGAUAGCGAAAAAGGAUGGUGGGCAUUGUUGUGCUUUAAUUUCACUGUCAAUGGGUAAAUCGUUGACAUUUCGUGGUGCCGUCUAUGAGGCAACGGAAAUCCUUAAAAAACAUCGUUGUAAUGAUCCAAUAUGUGAUACGCAUCUAUGGAAGGUGAAACAUGAAUUGGAUAUGACAAGGCUGCGGGUGCGUCAACUGGAAAAGGUGAUGGACAAGCAUGGUAUUAAGCCGCCACAAUUAAGACUUGCCUCCUCAUCGGAUUUACUGAACCAUCAUCAUCUGAAAGAACGACCCCCCUUGAUGGGGAAUUUGAGUUUAGCAGCCAGUGCCCAAGAUUUAUACAGGUGGUAA